CCAAGACUUUUGCUAUCCCUUCAACACAUUCAAUCAUUCAUCUCCUCUUAUUUUCUCUCCCUUAUAUCUCACCACUCUCCUUUCUUCUCCUUACACCACAAUUCAAAAUCCAAGUCUUCAAAAUUCUUCUCUUGACUCAUUCUUUCAUUCAUUCUCUAUCAAAAACAAAAACAGUAACAUAAACAUGACCAUGGAUGAUCAACAUCAUCAUCAUCAUAACUGGGAAGUUUCUGAACUCAAUGAUGUUCCUAAAUUCAAAUCUGUUCAACCACCUUCUCUUCCUCUUUCUCAAUCACCAGUUUCAUCUUCUUUUCAUUUACCAUUUUCAUCCACUUUUAGCCCAGCUGAUUUCUUAAUCUCACCUUUCUUUCUUUCUUCUCCAAAUGUUUUUGCUUCUCCAACUACUGAGGCUUUUGCUAACCAAAGCUUCAACUGGAAUAAGGAACAAGACCAACAAGGUGGUGACAAGAAGGAUGAGAAAAGCUUCUCUGAUUUCUCUUUUCCAACUCAAACUAAACAUGAACCUGUCUUUCAAUCUUCCUCAAACAUGUUUCAACCAGAACCAGUUAAGAAACAAGACAUAUGGAAAUUCAAUGAGCCGGCAAAGAUAGCCGAUUUUUCGUCUGAUAGGACGGCGUCGAAAUCUGAAUUCACUUCAACUCAGAGCUUUUCGACGGAUAUAGUACUAAGUAAACCAGAAACACAUGGUAACUCAGUCAAUGGAUCUGGCUAUGUUAACUACAAUGUAUCUCAAUCUGUUAGGGAACAGAAGAGAUCAGAAGAUGGAUUCAAUUGGCGAAAAUAUGGACAGAAACAAGUGAAAGGAAGUGAAAAUCCGCGAAGUUAUUACAAGUGCACGCAUCCGACUUGCUCGAUGAAGAAGAAAGUUGAGAGGGAUUUGGAUGGACAAAUUACUGAAAUUGUGUAUAAGGGAACUCAUAACCAUCCUAAGCCUCAGUCUAACAGAAGAACAAACUCUCAGCCUUCUUCGUCAUGCACGAACUCGGGUAUUUCUGAUCAAUCUGUGAUGGACCGCGUUUCUAUACAAGAAGAUUCUUCGACAUCUGUGGGAGAGGAAGAGUUUGAGCAAACAUCACAGACUAGUUAUUCUGGUGGAAAUGACGACGCCCUUGGACCGGAUGCCAAAAGAUGGAAGGGUGAUGUUGAAAACGAUGGCUAUUCGGCUGCUGGUAGUAGAACUGUUAAAGAACCUAGAGUUGUAGUUCAAACUAUGAGUGAAAUCGAUAUACUCGAUGAUGGCUUUAGGUGGAGGAAAUAUGGACAGAAAGUUGUAAAAGGAAAUCCUAACGCAAGGAGCUAUUACAAAUGCACUGCCUCUGGUUGUUCAGUGAGAAAACACGUUGAGCGAGCUGCCCAUGAUAUCAAAGCCGUGAUCACAACUUACGAAGGCAAACACAACCACGACGUACCAGCUGCACGCGGUUCUGCAGGUUACAACAUGAACAGAAAUUCCAUGAACAACAGCGUCGUACCAGCACCUAUUAGGCCCUCAGCAGUGAAUUGUUAUUCAAACUCAUCAAGUCUCACAAAUUCACUUUAUAACAAGACCGAUCUUCCUACCAACGGAAAUCACGAGUUGUUUCAACCAGACAUGUUGCAGGGUCACGGAAGGCUUGGAUAUUCAUCUCUUGGAAGAUCAAUGGAUUCAUCAGCCAACCAUUUACAAUACUCAGACACGGCGUACUUAAAGGCUAAGGAUGAAAGGAAAGACGACUUAUUCCUUCAGUCAUUUUUGUCAAAAGACUAUUAAAUUU